CUUAGUUACCUAGGUUCACUUCCAGAUCUGAUGGCGCCAUUACCAGCCGAGCAAACCGGUGAAUCAGCGCCCUCCGACUCCCAGAGAUCCAUUCCCACGCCGUUUCUCACAAAGACCUACCAGCUCGUCGACGAUCCCGCCGCGGAUGACCUAAUUUCCUGGAACGAAGAUGGCACCAGCUUCAUCGUUUGGCGACCCGCCGAAUUCGCACGGGAUUUGCUUCCCAAGUACUUCAAGCACAACAACUUUUCUAGUUUCGUCCGUCAGCUUAACACCUAUGGAUUUCGGAAGGUUGUCCCUGACCGUUGGGAAUUCGCUAACGACUGCUUCCGGCGAGGCGAGAGAGGUCUUCUCCGCGACAUACAGCGCCGGAAAAUAUUGCCGGCACCGGCGGCGGCAGCAGUAACCACAGCGAACGCGGUAACGGUGGCGGUGGCGGCACCGGCGGUGAGAACGGUGUCCCCGACGACUUCCGGCGACGAACAGGUACUGUCCUCGAACUCAUCUCCGAUUGGUGGGAGUGGGAAUAAUAAUAAUACAGUGCACCGCACCACGAGUUGCACCACUGCGCCCGAGCUGUUAGAAGAGAAUGAAAGGCUUAGGAAAGAGAACAUGCAACUGAGUCACGAGUUGGGUCAAUUGAAGGGCUUGUGUAAUAACAUACUCUCUUUGAUGACCAAUUAUGCUUCUGGUUUUAGCCGCCAGCAGUUAGAAUCGUCUACCAGCGCUGCCAGGACCAUGCCUGUGCCGGAAGGGAAGGCGCUCGACCUUUUGCCUGCCAAGCAUGUUUCCUCAGCUGAGGACGCCCUGCAUGUUGCUGCCGCCGCGCCCUUUGCCACGCCGAAUGCUGAGGUUCCCAAGCUCUUUGGGGUUUCCAUUGGCCUCAAACGCUGUAGGACAGAGUGCGAUAAUGAACCCGAGGGAGAAGGACAGAAUCAAACGCAAACGCACACGCACACGCGACUACAAACACAAUCACAAUCACAAUCGUCGCAAGAACCUGAUGGCGGUUCAGAUGUGAAAUCUGAACCGCUUGAUGGCGAUGACUCGGAUGAUCAGGAUCCACGUUGGCUUGAGCUUGGGAAAUAAUGUUCCUCCUUGAUACAGACUCAUUGGGUGAAAUAACAAAAGGCACGUGACUCGGUAUGCAUUGCAUUGCAUUGCACAUUCCACUAACGCUGCACACUGCUCACCUAGUAGCGCUGCAUCACGUCACUCUGAAGAACUGUGCUUAACCAUCCUAAAUAUUGUUCAUACCUGUUCUUGAAAACAAUCAACACGUCAAAAUGUGGAGUAACUGAAGAAGGAAAAUGCAUUCCCUUUAAAAUAUUCACGUCUCCUUUUUCUGCAAGGAACAUUUGUAUCUGCCGGAUACAGCAAAAUGUGUAAAUAUUUGUGUCCGACAUCAUAAAAUAUUUCGAAUGUCAUUCAUGUAUUGUAAUGUUUCCAUCAUCUGAACCGAGUGUGUUCUUAAGAUUCAUAAUUGUAACACUAGCAUGUUCUUUUAAUGGGAUACGGUAAUUUUGUUUUUAA